UGGGCUAAACCCUAACCGAGCGCUUGCCCCCUCCACCGUCGCCACCUCCGUUCGCCGUCUCCUCCCCCAAAUCGCCCGCCGGAGCCGAGCAAGCGAAGCGGAGUUCCCUGUGCAGCUCCCGAUUUGGAUCGAUUCCGGUGGCGGCGGGAUGGCGCUGAGGGGCGUUUGGCAGCUGCAGAAGCUCGUCGUGAACUACUGCGAUUGGGGAGGGAGCAGCAGGGGGAUCAGGGCUUUCAUGGAGGCACAUCUUCCAGAUUUUAAGGAAAAGAACCCUCACUUAGAGGUUGUGACAGAGUUAGUCCGUGGUCAGCAUCCUAACUUGAAGGGCAUUUACAAAAAUCAUAAUGAGCGAGUUGUUUGUGUCAGAAAUUUACCGCCUGAGGACAUACUAUUGCAAGCUACCAGGCUACGGAAUUCUCUGGGCAGGAAAGUGGUGAAGCUGAGAACUAGACAUGUAACAAAACGCCCCAGUGUUCAGGGGACAUGGACGACAGAACUGAAGAUGUGAUCACGUGAGUCGGGUUUUCAGACAAACAGUUAGUGUUCUUUGAUGUCGUGAUUGCAGAACUGUUUCAUGUGCACGUCAAGAACUAGUUAGUGCAGCUAUUCGACUCAUAGUGAUUACAGUUCAUUUUGGUCCUCUUUAUGUUUCCUCCGUGAUCAGAUAAUAACAUGCAAACUUGGGUAUUCCUUGUUG